ACUACCCCCUCACACUGUCUCAAGUCUCAUCGUAUCACUCAAAAGAAGGGAAAAUUGCCCUACUCCCUUUAUUUUAUGUGUCCCUCUCUCGCCGUAGGUUCAGCCCCGGCCUCCGUCAGAAUCUUUCUUCUUCAAUCGACGAGCGAGCGGCGGCGACAACCCGCAGCCCACGAACCUCCGACGCCGACGCUUUCCCUCUACAGCGGCGGACCCACGACUCUCCCUUAGCUUCGGCAACACCAGUACCGGCGGCGGCUUUUCGCGGCCGCAGCUGAACUUUGUAGAUUUUUCUUUGGCGUUGAUACGACCGAAGUCUCAGAAAAAACGCGUUUCAAGGCAUGGAAGUUAACCUGGGCGGCAUUCCCUUCGACUUGGACUUCCAUCCAUCCGAGCAGUUGGUUGCAGCUGGUCUCAUCGACGGCAAUCUUCUCCUAUAUCGUUAUAAUGCUAAUGCUUUACCCCAAAGGCUCUUGAAAGUUCGUGCACACAGUGAAUCUUGCAGAGCCGUUCGGUUCAUCAAUGACGGACGUGCAAUUUUGACGGGCUCUCCAGACCAUUCCAUUCUUGCUACGGAUGUGGAGACUGGGUCUGUUAUUGCUCGUCUUGAAGAUGCACACGAUGAUGCGGUCAAUAGAUUGAUUAACUUAACCUCGGAAACCAUUGCUUCAGGAGAUGACAAUGGGUGCAUCAAGGUAUGGGAUACCAGACAGCGUUCUUGCUGCAAUACUUUUGAAGCUCAUGAAGAUUAUAUUUCAGAUAUGACCUUUUCAUCAGAUUCCAUGAAGCUUUUGGCGACAAGUGGCGAUGGGACUUUAUCUGUUUGCAAUCUUCGGAGAAACAAGGUCCAUGCUCGAUCUGAGUUUUCGGAAGUUGAGCUGCUGUCUGUUGUUAUAAUGAAGAAUGGACGUAAAGUUAUAUGUGGGUCGCAAACUGGAACUCUAUUAUUAUAUUCAUGGGGCUGCUUCAAGGAUUGCAGUGAUCGCUUUGUUGAUCUCUCUCAAAAUCCUGUGAACGCAUUGCUCAAGCUUGAUGAAGAUCGGGUCGUUGCUGCAUCCGAGAGUGGACUCAUCAGUCUGGUAGGCAUUUUACCCAACAGAGUAAUCCAACCAAUUGCAGAACACUCUGACUAUCCUGUGGAGCGGCUUGCUUUCUCCCAUGACAGAAAGUUUCUUGGCAGUAUUUCACAUGAUUAUAUGUUGAAGUUAUGGGAUAUGGAUUUAUUGCAAAGUUCUGGAAACAGUUCAAAUGGUCAGACUACGGUAGAUGCCCCUGUCAGUGACAAUCUAUUUACUUUCAUGGACUAGAAGAGAGAACACUAGCAAAGGACCAAACAAAUAGUUUGAACAAUUUUUGAACGUAUACUAUACAUAGGAUGAUGUUGGCUCUACCCCCUUCACAGGUUGAACUCUCGAGUUUUCAUUACAAGUUUCUGCUAGAUUCUGAUUUAGGAACAAGUAUUUAUAUGAUCUGAAAGUGCAUAUGAUUUAUUUCGAUGCUGCAUUUUUUGCUGUGGUGCCAAUGAGUUAUUGCUGAUUUUCUCCAAGUACCUGUUGAAGAGAGUAGUAGGAAGGUUAGGUGUGUUUGCUUCGACCAAUAUCUUUUUUAUUAUUUUAUUUUUGCUUUAUUUUUUGUUGUACUUAGAUAUUGGAUAUUCAUAUUCAUAUGUUGGAUUGAAACUGUUGAUUCAGAAUUUAAAUUUUGAAUGUGCUUGGUUUUUCAUUUUCUUAUUC